GAGCGCGGGGUGGGCCUAUUGCCGCCUCCAAAGCAACAGCAGCAAGAGGCGGCGGCCUGGCCUGAUCCGAUCCGGAGGACGCGGCCAUGGCGCUCUGGUGUUGGCCUCGCUGCUGCUGCUGCUGCUCGCGCUCCGCUUCGUCCCGGGCGGCGGGACUCUUGAGCAGCUUGCGGAGCUGGGGCUUGGCCGGCGGCGGCGGCACUAAGAAGCAGCCUGCCGGUGAACUGGCGGCGCCCGCGCUGAAGGCGGCCAAAUCUAGUUUUCUAGGGGAAAGAAUGUGCCUAUCCUUUCCAAAAAUGUAUAGUAUAUGUUGGCGCUUUGCCAAGUUUCAACAUACAACAGUGCAAACUCACUGCUUUGGUAAAGUAGUUAGCGACGAACAAUAUAAAGAUCCUUUUAAACUUGGAAGGAAAGACUUGAAAAAUCUCUAUGAGGAUAUUAAAAAGGAAUUAUGGGUUUCUACUACAGAACUUAAGGAAAUGUGUGAAUAUUACUUUGAUGGUAAAGGGAAGGCCUUUCGACCAAUUAUUGUGGCACUAAUGGCCAGAGCAUGCAAUUUUCAUCACAACAGUUCUGGAGAAGUGCAAGCAAGCCAACGCUCUAUAGCAUUAAUUGCCGAAAUGAUCCAUACUGCUACUCUAGUUCACGAUGAUGUAAUUGAUGAUGCCAAUUCACGAAGAGGAAAAUUGACUGUUAAUCAAAUCUGGGGGGAAAGGAAGGCAGUCUUAGCUGGUGAUUUCAUCCUUUCUGCAGCAUCUUUAGUUUUAGCGCGUAUUGGGAACACAAGUGUUCUUUCUGUAAUAACGCAAGUGAUUGAAGAUCUGGUGCGUGGUGAAUUUCUCCAGCUGGGUUCCAAAGAAAAUGAAAACGAGAGAUUUGCUCACUACCUCGAAAAAUCUUUUAAGAAGACUGCAAGUCUUAUAGCGCACAGCUGUAAAGCAGUUUCCAUGCUAGGCUGCCCUGAUCCAAAGGUUCAUGAGAUUGCAUAUCAGUAUGGAAAAAACAUUGGGAUAGCAUUUCAGCUGGUAGAUGAUGUACUGGAUUUUACAUCAUGUUCUGAACAGCUAGGAAAGCCAGCUGCAGCAGACCUUAAGCUUGGACUAGCCACUGGACCGGUCUUAUUUGCUUGCCAGCAGUUCCCAGAGAUUAAUGCCAUGAUAAUGAGACGAUUCAGUUUCCCAGGUGAUGUCCAACGUGCCCAGGAAUUUGUAUUGCAGAGCAAUGGCAUACAGCAGACAACCUACCUCGCCCAGCGUUAUUGCCAUGAAGCAGUGAAGGAGAUUGGCAAGCUUAGACCAUCUCCAGAAAGAGAUGCCCUUAUGCAGCUGGCAGAAAUUGUCUUGUCGCGAGACAAGUGAUCCUCUUCUUCCCCUUGGUGAUUCUGGCAGCUAUUUUACCAGACUGUGCCUAAACUGUUUCAGAACAUCUGGGCUUGCUUCUGGUGGCGUUUCCAUUUUUAAAAAAAGUUCUCCUAGUUAAGUGACUAGGCUUAUGAAAUGCUUUUAUUGAAGGAAGCCUCACACCACAAUGGUGAAACACAAUCAGUCUGUUAAAUUGGUAGCAGCACUUGGUACCCGUGUUUUUAGUGAAGAGGUUUCUUGUUUUGUGUGGGCAUUUGUUUACACUGUUCACUAUUAAUGCUGAAGGCCACAAACAAUAAAAUACAAUCAAUGUAUUAAA